CCCGCCCCGCUCCGUCCCGCUGGAGCUCCGGGCACUUCGGAGAGGGGGGAGCGACGGCCCGGCCAUGGCCCCGCAGCAGCCCAGCGCCGGGCAGUACCUGCGCUCCGACAGCGGCGGCUCAGCCACCCGCAUGCUGGGGGACGGCCCCGGCGCUGAUCCCGGGGGGCUGCGGGAGCGGCGGCGGCGGUGCGGGCCGCUCUGGGGCAGCGUGGCCGUCAUGGCCAUCCUCGCCUUACAGAUCGCCUCCACCACCGGACUCUUUGUCUACUUCACCAUGGCCAUCUCCAAGCUCAAAGCUCAGUCGCAGGGCAGCUCGGAGGAACUGAGGUGUCUGCAGCUUAUCAAUCAGCAGCAGGAGGGCUCCAGCUUGGAAGAACUGAUCAGCAACCAGUCUUGCCUCAAGCUGGCCAACACCAUCAAAGCCUACGUGGCCACGGUGACAGAGAACGUUAUCAGCAGGAACGUGGUGAAUGAAGCCCAGAGGAGUUACUUCAACAGCUCAGAGGGGCAGGUUGCCACCAAAACACUCGGCAAACCUUCAGCACAUCUCACCCUCCGCCCACAGAGCCCGGCCCAAGACGGAAGCUCCAGGCGCUUUGGGAACCUCUCACAGUCCUGCCGCCACGCCAUCACUCGCUGGGAAGACAACACCAUCCACUCCCACCUGCAGAACAUCACAUACCAGGACGGCCGGCUGCGAGUCAACCAGGCAGGCAAGUACUACGUCUACUCCCAGAUCUACUUCCGCUACUCCCGUGAUGGAGCCAGCGCCCACACCUCAGUGCCACAGCUCGUGCAGUGCAUCAACUGGAAGACCUCCUACAGCCAGCCCAUCCUCCUGCUCAAAGGGGUGGGCACCAAGUGCUGGGCCCCCGAGGCAGAAUACGGCCUCCACGCUCUCUACCAGGGGGGACUGUUUGAGCUCAAGGCCGGUGAUGAGCUUUUCGUCUCCGUCUCCUCGCUGGCCAUUGACUACAAUGAUGCAGCAGCCAGCUAUUUUGGGGCCUUCCGGCUCGACCUGUGACAGCCUCCUCAUCCUCACACCUUCCCUCUGCUCUUGCUGGAUUGACUCUUCUAUGUGGCCAAGGGAAGAAGCAAUUUGAGCUGCCGCUGCAUGCAGCUCCCCUCAUGCUGUUGCCUUCCUCUGUGUGGAACAGCAGCCAAAUGGCCGGGGGUCCAGCUGGGCCUGGCAUAGUGUAAUUCCCUGCACCUACUGUGCCUGGUAGGUGUCAGCUGGAGCUGGGUGAGUUGGCACAGGGAACACAGAGUGGAACACACUUCUACCAAGAGCCACAUCACCAUGGUGCCUUGUAACCACCCUGCGGCCAAGCAGCCUGCAGGUACAGGAAAGAUCCAACACCUUCUUCCAGGAAAUAGUCAAGGAGUUUCAGUUCAGACCAGUUAGAAACCUGGGCCUGUGCCAGCAGUCAGCUUCUGAGGAGGCAAAGAGCAGAGCCAUAACGCUGCAAUAAUUACCAGCACAAGCAGCUGCACCCAGGCACGUGGCAGAGUUUCACUCCUUGCCCAGGUCAGAUGCUGCAUCAACAGAGCCCAGCAUGUGGCACAUCCAGAGCAGCAUCUUCUCCCUGUCCCCAAGAAGCCACACCAAUGAGGAUGACAUCAGUGCUGGGGGCUGAGGAAGGUGUUAAGAGGUGGAGCAAGCUGGGGAGCUGCAGACCUGCAAGACUGGCACCUUGGCCUGCUCUUUAGCAGGCUGGCAUGAGCAGCAGCACAUACAGCUCUCCAGGUGCUUCUUUGUGGCCCACACAAACCCCUGACAGUGAGGAAGGAACACUGAACUAUGGCACCAGCUGCACCCAGGGCUCAGUGUGGCCCUCAGCAACUCUCCAUGAGCCUCAUGUGACAGCAAUGACAAUGUAGAAAAGGGAUGCCUCGGCCCCUUGGUUCUGAGCAGGGCCAGCAUCUCCAUGCUGGGGACAAGCUGGUCCAUCCUGUAGGGCAGCUCACAGGACCACCAAGACGAGGAGCCUGACAUCUCACCUCCCUUUGCUUCCAACCUACCAUCCCUUUCCUUGGGUUUUUGUUUCUCUCAGAGCUGUUGGGCAUCACAGCCGCUCUUUGCUCACAUUGGCUGUCACUCUCCAGGACUGCUGCCCAGGUCGUGCUUCAGCUCAGGCAGUAGCAGCACAGGACCCAGGAACAAAACCAAACCCCUGUUGCUAAACCUCCAGGACACGUCAGACACAAAAGACAGGUUCAAGCAAAGCAGAGCGUGAUAAAGCUGGCUCAGUCCAUGGACACUGUGUGGACAUAAACUACUUUUGUAAUUACUUGUAUAUUCUGUAUCAUAUUAUGAACGUUGAUGUACAGGGACAGGCCAGCAGCACAAGCUGCCACAAAGGACACAAGCUCCCCCCCCUGCCAGCACAGUUCUGGGGGUCUCAGUGCUGCUUCCAAUAAAUCCUGUACUCCAG